AUGACACGACGAAUUGUCCGAACAAUAGUCCAAACUUCCACGGCCGCCAUCUUCACCUUCAUCGUCAUCUUCUUCCUUGACCGGCACUACCGCGUCUUGCCAAACGCAAUCCACACCUAUCUCCCCACGCACCACCACGGCUCCGUCAUCACGGACAUCACCCUCACCACUUGCUCCUCUCUAAAUCCCUUCUCAAGCUGCAAGCUUGAUCCCAAAAAAUGGCACAGGGUAGAGAAGGAUUUGUAUCUCAAACAGUCGGUGCUCAGCAGCGCCUACCUCCACGUCCAGCGUAAGCGAGAAGAGGAGUUGACCUCAGAAGACAAGGUCGUCAUCGACGUAACAGUCGGGAGACUCAACCCUUCCAAGUCGUCCGAGAACUCAGACUCGGAAGAGAAGUGGGAGUCCCGCCCCGGCGGCCUCUGGAUCAAGCGCUCCUCCAAACGGGGGGUAUCAGACUCGAAAUCGGCCGUCACGGCGGUUGAUGUUCUUUUCGGGGACGAUGCCAUCGAGGCGAGGGCCGGGUGGAUGCUGACUGGUUCGACGGCUUUGCUUCUCGACGGAGGGAGGAAGUUCCACGCUGCGCACAUCACUGUUCGGAGGGGGGCGCCGGUCGAGAUCACCAAGCCUGUGCCUCGGGUGAGGGAUAAUGGACGGUAUAAAAUCAUGCAGUUGGCUGAUAUUCACUUUUCGACGGGGGUGGGGAAGUGCAGGGAUAGCCUGCCUGGUGGGUGGGAUGAGAAGCAUGGGGGCAAGUGCGAGGCGGACACGAGGACGAUUGAUUUUAUCGAGAGGGUUAUCGAAGAAGAAAGGCCUGAUCUGGUGGUGCUGUCGGGGGAUCAGGUUAACGGGGAGACGUCGCCCGACACGCAGUCGGCCAUCUUCAAGUACGCCCAGCUGUUGAUCAAGCACAAGAUCCCGUAUGUUUCCAUCUUUGGCAACCACGACGACGAGGGGUCGAUGUCGAGGGCUGCGCAGAUGGAGCUGAUCGAGGCGUUGCCGUAUUCCCUCUCCAAGGCCGGACCAGUGGAUGUCGACGGUGUGGGGAACUAUUACAUCGAAGUGCUCGCCCAGGGGAGCUCGGGGCAUUCAGCCAUCACGGUCUAUCUGCUUGACACGCACGCGUAUAGUCCGAACGAGAGGAAGUACCAUGGGUAUGACUGGUUGAAGCAGAACCAGAUCGAUUGGUUUCGGCAGACGGCGAAGGGGUUGAAGAAGGCGCAUAAGGAGUACAGGAAGCAUCAUAUGGAUGUUGCGUUUAUUCAUAUUCCGAUUCCGGAGUAUAGGGAUAUGAAUCUGACGAUUGUGGGGGAGUGGAUGAGGGAGGCGAGUACGGCGCCGGCGUAUAAUUCGGGGUUCUACGGGGCGUUGGUUGAGGAGGGGGUGAUGAUGGUUAGUUGUGGGCAGUAA